AUGUCAGUUAAUUUCAAUCUAUCUAGAUCUUUUAUAGCAUCACAAUUAACGAAUGAAAAUGAUGAUGUAUUACAACGAAAUAUUAUUCUUCCUACUGAUAAUCUUCCAAGUAAUCAAACUAGACAACUCGUUACUGAUUUUAUUGAUUUAAAUAGUCCAAGAACACAUCAUAUUGAUAUAAUAAAAUCUAAUAAUGAAAAUCAAGAAAAACAAAUAUUAUCAGAAGAAGUUCAUCAUCGUCUUCAUUGUUCAGAAUUAAUAACUGAAAAAAUGGAUCAUUGGUAUUUAGUCAUGAAAAAAAAUCUCAUAAAUGAAUUUGAUAAAUUACGUUUACAAUUUUAUGAAGAAGCUCAACGAAAUAUUUUAUAUGAAAAAGAAAUUCAAAUAAAAGAAUAUAUUCAUUUAAAUCAAGAUAUAAAAAAUAUGCGUGAAAUAUUAAUACAUUAUGAAUAUAUAAUUGAUCAAAAAAAUCAAAUAGAAAAAAAUCUUGAUAAAUCAUUAGAUUUAUUUCAAAAUAAAACUAUUCUUUAUUAUCAUUAUUAUCAAUGGCGUAUAUUUUAUAUUGAAAAAAGACAACAAAAAUAUUUAUUAUUAUUAGCUAAACAUUUUUAUGAAGAAAAGAUAAAAAGAAAAGUAUUCAUCAAUUGGAAAUAUAUGAUUGAACGAGAAUGGAAAAAACAUUUUGAAUUAAUAUGUAAAAAAAAAUCGAAAAUUAUUCUUAAUGAAUUAUAUCAUAAAUAUGAAAUGAAAUAUAAACAAUUAGAAUUACAAUUAUUAAAUGCAAAUGAAGAAAUAAAUCGAUUAAAAUUUGAUAAAAAACCACAUGAUAAAUAUCUUAAAAAAGCUUUUAUGCGUGGUGUUUGUGCUUUAAAUAUGGAAGCUAUGUCUGUUCUAUUUAAAGAUGAACAUGAAUUAAAUAUUAUAAUUAAUGAAAAACAACAACGAGAAUAUUGUAAACAUAAAAAUAAUGAUAAUAGUGAUGAAGGUGUAACAUUAACAGGCUCAUCAAUAACUGGUGAUAAAGAAUAUUUACCAAGUACAAUGUGUUCUACUGGAGAUGGACGUUCUAUUCAUAUAUGA